GCGCUGAUACUGGGACUGAUCCUGGAGUUGAGAGAAGCCAGAGGGAGCCGGGAGCUCGGAGUAGUCGCACCUGUCCCGUUACCUCUUGAGUCUGGAUACGGGAGAGGAUUCGCGCAUCCCGGCGUUAAGUCACAUGCUGGCGGAUAUUCGCUUUGGAUAUGUCUGUGUGCCCAAUGGUCGCCAACGUUCCGCGGCAGAGCCGACUGAGUGCCCUCCGUCUGGCCGUCUGUAGAAGCGCCUCCUCCAAGCGACUGGAGAGCGACGAACCCCCGGCUAAAUGUCCCCGGCUCAUCGACAGCCCCACGGACAAUGGCUUCCUGCCUUCCCCCGGCUCCCCCCAGCCCAGCAGCCCCCACGGAACCAACUGUCACCCGCAAGGACCGACCUGUAUCGGCAACUGCCUCCUGCUCCCCACCGGGGGCCGACAGCACGUCUACCGGGCUCUCCAGCUGCAUUCCGGGGCCGAGCUGCAGUGUAAGGUUUUUCCAUUAAAACACUACCAGAAGAAAAUCGAGUCUUACAUUCACCUGCCCUGGCACCGGAAUAUCACGGGGAUUGUGGAAGUCAUUCAGGGGGACAGCAAGGCCUAUGUGUUCUUUGAGAAGGAUUUUGGGGACAUGCACAGUUACGUGCGCGGCUGUAAGCGUCUCGGAGAAGAAGAAGCCGCCAGACUGUUCCGCCAAAUCGUCAGCGCCGUCUCCCACUGCCAUCGAUCUUCAAUAGUCCUCGGGGAUCUUAAACUCAGGAAGUUUGUGUUUGCAGAUAAGGAAAGGACGCAGCUAAGACUUGAAAGCUUGGAAGACGCCCACAUCAUGAAGGAGAAUGAUGACUCUUUGUCGGAUAAACAUGGCUGCCCGGCUUACGUCAGCCCAGAGAUUUUAAACACCACUGGGACUUACUCUGGCAAAUCGGCUGACGUGUGGAGUCUAGGGGUGAUGCUGUAUACUCUUUUAGUGGGACGUUAUCCUUUUCAUGACUCUGACCCCAGUGCCCUUUUUUCCAAAAUCCGGCGAGGGCAGUACUGUAUUCCUGACCAUGUAUCCCCCAAAGCAAGGUGCCUUAUACGUAGCCUCCUGAGGAAGGAGCCCUCUGAGCGACUAACGGCGGACGAGAUUUUGUUGCACCCUUGGUUUGAAGCUGCUUCUAAUCCAGGAUUUGCAGAUCAGGACACAAGUAGCAGUGACCAACUUGUCCCGGACGUUCCCCAGAACUGUGACAAUAUAGACUCCUUCUUCUGCUAACCUCCUGGAAUUGCAUAUUCCUCUUUCAAAUAACUGAAGGGAGCACAUACUGAAUCUUUGGUGCAUGAUGUGUGUUUAUUUGAUUACACGUUACCCACACACCCUACUGACUUGGCCAACGGUUAUCUUGUCGCAGGCGCGGACUUUCACGGUGCAACUGUUUCAGGUGAAGGUUUUGGAACCUCAAGUCUUUAACUUGCCAACAGCGGGAUUUGAGUUUUUUUUUCACAAAAGUAUCGGCAAUUGCAAAAUUAUUGUACUGUAAAACCGAUCCAGUUUGUAUUUCAUUGCUUGGAAGAGUUUGAGCAUCGACAAGCAGGACCAUCAUUAGUGGUGGUGGGGCCUGCAAGAAAAAUAAUGUUGUGGAGAAAUUAGGACUGUCCAACCAAUGGCUCUUCAUUUCUUGUGAGCUACAACCACCAACAUCAAUGUCUUGGGAGCUAUAGCUUAGAAACAGUUGAAAGAACGAUGGUUGGGCAACUCCAAGUCCUGCCACCAACAUGUGGCCCUACCCAACCUGCUAUCUUCUGCAUUCCCUUUCCAGAGGCUACUCACUGCUACUAUACUCUCUCCCUACUAUACUCUCUCCCUACUAUACCUGCUAUCCCACAGUCACACUCCCUUCCCAGAGACUAUUAUCCCACUGUUACUAUAGGCAUCAUCUCUCCCUACUAUACCUGCUAUCCCACAGUCACACUCCCUUCCCAGAGACUAUUAUCCCACUGUUACUAUAGACACCAUCUCUCCCUACUAUACCUGCUAUCCCACAGUCACACUCCCUUCCCAGAGACUAUUAUCCACUGUUACUAUAGGCACCAUCUCUCCCUACUAUACCUGC